AUGUACCCGGAGUUCGACGGAGCGAUCAGUCGGGCACGAGAAUCCGGCGGCCUGAAGCAGCGUUUCCGCUGCGUGUUCCUGCUGCUGUGCUCCACUGCUUUCAUGGGUCGCGUUGGCUGGGAGUGGGCGAUGAUGACGGCAGAAAUAGUACCGACUGAGAUGAUGGGACAGACGGUACCAGUUGAGGAGAAGAUGAUGCCAGAGGAUAUGCCUACGUCGUUUCCAGAGGCAUGUAAUGAGCUUUUGGCACAGGCGUCAGAGUCGGCAACUGGAUCCCUUUCUGGCCAGCAAGACGAAAAGUCUGUUGUUUGGGUUGGCGGCGCUGAAGGAUACACCAAUCAAAUUCUGUCAAUGUUGGACGUGUAUAGGAGCAUUCAACCCAGGAUGCUGGUCAUGGCUCCCAUGCGCACUGAGCAUGGAUAUCCGGGCAUCGACCCACCGCAGUGUUUGAGCGACGUGCUUGAGCUCGACAACGCUGUGUGCCUUCGUCCGAGUAAGAGUACACCCGAGGAUGACCGCGAUGAAAUCGUGAAGAGCAUGAACUGCAGCUUUGACUCAAGAGAGACGGGUGCAUUGCUUGGGCAGACAACUCAAGGUGGUCAGUACACAUACUGGCGCCUGCGCCACAUCGAGACAUGGCAGCAACUGCCAAAGGUUGCAUUCACAAGCUCAUCAACGAAGUUCAAUUGCAUCUUUUCGCACUCCUGGAGCAGUACGAGUUGGGACUUCUGGCCCUCGCGCCUAAAAAUCAAAGCAGCAUACGUGGAGCUGUUUCAACGGAUGAGACAGAGCUACUUUGGCAGUUCACCGUAUUUGGCCGUUCAUUGGCGUCGCGGUGACCAACUCGUAACAAAAUGCCGGGUGAAGGUUGACACAUCGGCCAACUGUGGUUCAGCUGCUGACUUGCAUCGCCUCAUCAAGAAGAAGUUGGGUGGUAGGUCUUGGCAAGUAUAUGUGGCAACCAACGAGCGGGACAACGCAACUCUUGCUCAGCUGCGGGGAUUCGGCUACAAGCUUCAAGAGGAUUCCGGCUGCGGCUUUAACUCCUUGGAGUCCUUCUUUGCCGAUGUCUGGCUUCUUGGGUGUGCCAGCGAGGUGCUGCUGCCCGGCUUUCGUUUCGAUGCCCAGAAGAGCUCGGUUCAGUACUUGAUCCAUCGGUUUCGACAGCACCACGUACAUCGAACCGAUGUGUGUGGAGAGUCGCUGCGGGCGCUGGACGCCGUGAACUGCGGAAAUUUCGUGGCGGAGUCAUGCGAAGCAUGCCCCCUGGACGAGUGCCACGGCGCCUGCCAGUGGAACAGCACCACCAGAACCUGCAAUCCUGCUGAG